UCUUGUUUUCUCAGUGGAAACCCCGUCCUGGCCCGCCUUCAGGUCCUCGGACCUUAUUUUGGAAACCAAUCUUGAAGGCUAUGCUAGGUUUGCGGUUUCAUAGCUUUAAAUCCGGGCUGCAGGCUGUGUGUGAGUGCAGUCUGUAAGACGAUACCCUGUGUGGAGGGGCCAGUGGCUGGUUUCCCCAAAUCUCGCGUGAUUUAACUGCAGCGUGAGCCUAGACCACCACAGUCCCUGUCGUGCCCACCCGGUCCCAUCACUGGUCUCGCAGACAGACAGAGAGGGGGACACCGAGCAGGCGACAAAGGGCUGACCACCCGGAACCAUGGAGCUCAUCUGCCGGCUGCAUCUGAAAAGCAGGAAACGCCUCCUUCCGGCAUAGACAUCCACCAUGGAGCUAAGAUAACCUCUUCCUCUCUUCUUCACCAAUCACCGCUCUGGACCUGGUGUAACCAUGGGAACAUGGCGUGGUCUACGAGUGGCGUUCAUUCUGGGGUCUUUGUUUAUGAUCCUGCUGAUCAUCGUGUACUGGGACGACGUCGGAGGCUUCAACCUCUACCCGCUUCAGGACCCCAAACACGAAUCACUGCAUUCUGACUCUUACCCUCAGGCCACUUCAGGCCCGCCACGCUCUGUGCCCACCAGCAGAGCACACGCCAGUUCUUCAGUUAUCGUCCACACUACUGCCCCCAGUACAACACUGGUUCCUGAGGAGAAAGGAGGAGAAGCUAAGGAACAAACAAAGGAUAAGGGAAAGGAAACACAAGAACAAAGGAAGGAGGAAACAAGGGAAGAUGAGGAGAAGGAGAGGAGUCGCACCGCUGUGGAGGAAAGGGAACAGGAGGCGAGGAAGCAGAGGAUUAUGGAUGUGUGCUCAGGGAAGGAUGCGAUGGAUUUCCCUGGAAGGACUCGAGCAUUUGAGCAGAUCCCAAACAGAGAACUGGAUCACCUUAUAGUAGACGACACUCACCAGAUUAUCUACUGCUACGUUCCCAAGGUAGCAUGCACCAACUGGAAGAGAGUGAUGGUGGUUCUGUCCCAGUCUCUGAUCUCACCGUCUUCAGGAAAACCUUACACUGACCCAGAGGCUGUCCCUCCUGACCUCGUACACAACUCCUCUCUCCACCUCACUUUUGCCAAGAACUCUCCUUGUGGUUCAGGAGUUAUUUACUGGGUUGACUCUUGGAAGAAGAGAGUGGAAACGACAGGCGGGGCUCUGGAUCUGCAGCACAGACAGACCUUUCUCUACCCCUCGGGAGCUGUCUGUGUUUGCUCGUUUUGGCGCCAUUAUGGUUCUCUAUCCCGCCACCUGAUGGCACUCAAGCUCCAGCACUACACCAAGUUUCUGUUUGUACGAGACCCUUUUGUUCGUCUCAUAUCAGCCUUCAGGAACAAGUUUGGAAGGCCAAAUGAAGACUUCUACAGGCAGUUUGGCUCGGUCAUGCUGAGUCGUUAUGGUAAUAUGUCUGGUAGUCUGCCAGAGACAGCAGCUGAGGCGUUUGCAGCAGGAAUCAAACCCACAUUUCAGCAAUUUAUCACAUACUUGCUGGAUCCAGAGACGGAGAAGGAGAGUAUCUUCAACGAACACUGGCGGCAGGUGUAUCGUCUGUGCCAUCCAUGCCAGGUGAAGUACGACUUCAUUGGACGACUGGAAACCCUGGAAUCAGACGCAGAGAACCUGCUAAAACUCCUGGAGGUGGAUCAUCUACUACACUUCCCGUCAGGAGCUCGAAAUCGCACUGCAGCCAGCUGGGAGAGAGACUGGUUUAAACAGAUCCCUUCGUCAAUGAGAAGAGAACUUUACAAACUGUAUGAACCAGACUUUGAGCUGUUUGGAUAUCCUAAACCCGACAGCGUGCUCCACCGGUAGCUGCCAAAGGCCGAGGCGCUGCACCGUGUGUAGAGCCCACUCCUCACCUACCUGUGCACAGCCAGAGUAUGCCUUUGAAAACCGUCUGUGAUGCUGUUUGUUUCGUUUUUGUGCAUACCUCAAAUGACAAAAGUGCCUGCCAGUAUUAUUUAUGUUUGUCAUCAUUACAUAUCUGAAGCACAUCACAACUGCUUAUGGUUCCCCAGUUAGUUUUCCCCAUGUCAAAGCACUUUGAAUAGUAUUUUUAAGAGUCAUAGGGAAAAGACUGGGGCGAGCUGUUGGCUCACAUUUCUGGAGGAAUGAUG